CUUUUCUCAGAUACCCUGAGUCUUUAUUUAUUAUCGCCGCUCACAACGGCACUGAAGAUAUCUUGUAGCCAUAAUUUUAAAUUAAAGCUCCUUCUUCAUUUCACAUCAUGUCAAACACAACAGAAGAAGUACCCGAGGUGGUUCCUCACAAGUCCUUCGACACCAUCCUAACCUUGGACUUCGGUUCCCAAUAUACUCACUUGAUUACCCGCCGCCUGAGAGAUCUCCAUGUCUACUCUGAGAUGCUCCCGUGCACCCAGAAACUGGCCGACCUUGACUGGAAGCCAGCCGGUAUUAUCCUGUCUGGUGGACCCUCCAGCGUAUACGAAGAGGGUGCGCCCCAUGUCGACCCAGCAUACUUCGAUCUGAACGUCCCGAUUCUCGGAAUAUGCUACGGUCUCCAGGAGAUUGCUUACCGCAGCGGCAAGGACAACGUCGUUGCAGGCGUCACAAGAGAGUUCGGCCAUGCCGAUCUCAAGGCCAGGAAGGUCGAUGGUCACGUUGACCGCCUGUUCGAUGGACUCGAGAACGAGUUCAAGGUGUGGAUGUCUCACGGCGACAAGCUCGCCAAGCUCCCAGAGGGCUUCCACACCAUCGCCACUACCCCCAACUCCGAAUACGCUGCCAUCUGCCACGAGAGCAAGCACAUCUACGGCCUCCAGCUACACCCAGAGGUUACACACACCGAGAACGGCACGAAGAUCCUCGAGAACUUCGCUGUUAAGAUUUGCGGCGCAAAGCAGAAUUGGACAAUGGCCAACUUCGUUGACCAAGAAAUCAUCCGCAUCCGUAAAUUUGUUGGAGAUGGCCAGGUCCUUGGCGCCGUCAGCGGUGGUGUUGACUCUACUGUGGCGGCUAAGCUUAUGCAGCGCGCAAUUGGCGACCGCUUCCACGCUGUUCUCGUUGACAACGGUGUUAUGCGCCUCAACGAGUGCGAGCAGGUCAAGACUAUGCUUUCGGAGCAUAUGGGAAUCAACUUGACUGUGGCAGAUGCUUCAAAGGAAUUCCUUGACGGCCUAAAGGGCGUCACCGACCCGGAGAAGAAGCGCAAGUUCAUUGGAGGGAAAUUUAUCGAAGUCUUCGAGGAGGAGGCCAAGAAGAUUGAGGCUGCGGCCGCAAAGACUGACAGGGCUGGACCAGUCGAGUUCUUCUUGCAAGGAACUCUAUACCCUGAUGUUAUUGAGAGCAUCUCCUUCAAGGGCCCCAGUGCCACUAUCAAAACCCAUCACAACCUUGCACUUCCUCAGCGCAUGCUCGACGGUCAGGGGCUGAAGCUUAUUGAGCCUCUGAGAGAGCUCUUCAAGGACGAGGUCCGUGAUCUUGGAAGGCAACUUGGCAUUCCCCACGACCUUGUUAUGAGACACCCCUUCCCAGGUCCCGGUCUUGCUAUUCGCAUUCUGGGUGAGGUGACACCUGAGCGUGUCGAGAUGGUGCGCCAAGCCGACCAUAUCUUCAUUGGCAUGAUCCGUGAAUGGGGUCUGUACGACAAAAUCUCCCAGGCAUUUGCUGCUUUGGACACCAGCAAGGCCGUUGGCGUGAUGGGCGACCAGCGUGCUUACGAGCAUCUUAUUAUCCUACGCGCUGUCGAGACCACAGACUUCAUGACUGCCAAGGCAUUCCCAUUCAGCCACGACUUCCUCAACCAGGUCUCAACCAAGAUUGUCAACAACGUCAAGGGAGUAUGCCGCGUUAUGCUUGACAUCACAAGCAAGCCUCCAGCAACCAUCGAGCUGGAAUAGUUAACCACUUGGACAGUAUUAGAGGCGGGUUUAUGGAAUGGAGUAUGGCUGAAAAAUAGAUCAAGUAAAAAAAAUUAAUGAACAGAUGACAUUGCAAAAUCUUGGAUGCUCUGCAGGUGAAUUAAAUAUGAGUAUGCUCAUAUAUCCCAGGCUAUAUUUAUUUCAUUAUAGAAG